AUGCAGAGGAUCCUGUCAAUUUACAACGCCAACGUCGACCUCAAUAACGCGCAGAACUUGGGUCUGGGAGACUUCCCGCAGGACGCGCCUUCUUCUCUCGUCCAGCAUGUCAGCCUCAAGGCAGAUGAUCGCGUGAUGGCCUCAUACGUGAGCCCCUUCUCUAGCCAUGCCGCCGGAGGAGAAUGGGACGUAGUCCUGAAUGUCUUCGUCCGUGAUGAGACCAUGGGAUUUCUCUCCGACCCAUGGCGGAUCAACUUCAUGCUGACUCGGGCGAAGCUGUUCGAGCUCGAUAUCCUCGACGCUACUUUCUUCGACUCGCCAAAGGGACCAAGAGCUUCUCUGAUAUCCAACUACCGCGAUAACCAGCAGCGCAACGGAGCUGUGAUGGUCGAUAACAAGAACUGGGGAAAGGGGCACAACGUCAGGAAGUGCUCGGUCGAAGCCACGAUGGGCGUCGCCCUCUCUGAUGAGGAGAUCGAGCUUGCCUUUGCCAUGGAUGCUGCCGUGGACGCCGCUCCUGUUGCAGUCGCAGAGCAGGACAAUGUUCACGAUUCUGAGGAUGAUGCCGCUCAGGAUUCCGUCGCUCAGGCCGAUGCCGUUGAGGCCGAGACUGUCCAGCAUGAUGCGGCUCCAGGUGACCAGGUUGAUGAGCUGCCCGACAUAGAGCAGGACUACCCGGCUCGUGAGGCUGAUUACGAGAUCAUCACUGAGCUCCAGGCCAUCUUAGAGCAGAAGGAGCAGGCUGUUGUUCCCAAGGAUCCAGUGGCAACCAUCGAGGAAGACGAUGACGAUGGUGAAGAGGAAGAGGAGGCCGAGAUGAGGAGCCCGAAGAAGCGCCGCCGCGGUGGUGGAAAGGUCCACAAUCCCAACAGCUUCUGGACUACGAAGCUCGAGGGCGACAAUAUCAAGGACAGUGGUAAAUCCUCUGAAGGUCAGGAAUUGGGUGGGAGCUGGACGGCUGAAACGACCUUGACUUGCCUUGAAGCAGCUGUUUGA